AUGGGAACCCCAUCCAUCAAUCUCCUCUUCGCUGCAUACUGCAAAGUGCCAACACUACCUUCCUCCGUCCUUGGGGAAUACCGCGACCAACUCGACCAAGGCAGUAAAGUGCCCAGAAAGCGCUGCACCGUUCGCACCACCGUCGACCCUCCAAGUACCUUACACAGUACCCGCGCCAUUUUCCAUCUUUUCAUCACCUCGCCUCCAGGUACGAAGUAUUGCCUACCAAUCAGACCACGCCAGAGCCGGAAUUGA